AUAGUCUUAUCCACAGGGCACAGGGACUGGAGAUUACAGAAAGGAUGGCAUCAGUCGCUGAGCCGUUGAGUCUUAACAGAGACGUCCUGAGAGCUGUGGAACUGCUAGAAAAGCUGCAGAAAAGUGGAGAAGUGCCAGUGACCAAAAUCGCCGCGCUGCAGAAGGUGCUGCAGAGCGAUUUUCUGAACGCGGUACGAGAGGUCUACGAGCAUGUAUAUGAGACGGUCGACGUUCAGGGUUCGCAGGACAUAAGGGCGUCAGCGACGGCGAAAGCCACCGUGGCUGCAUUCGCAGCGAGCGAGGGGCACGCGCACCCAAGAGUCGUGGAACUGCCGAAAACAGAAGAAGGCCUUGGUUUCAACGUCAUGGGCGGUAAAGAACAGAAUUCGCCCAUCUACAUAUCGAGGAUCAUCCCGGGGGGUGUCGCAGACAGGCACGGCGGCCUAAAAAGAGGCGAUCAGCUUCUCUCCGUCAACGGAGUGUCUGUUGAAGGGGAAAAUCACGAGAAAGCUGUGGACCUUUUGAAACAAGCGCAAGGUUCUGUGAAAUUGGUUGUGCGCUACACACCGAAGGUCCUCGAGGAGAUGGAGAUGCGGUUUGAUAAGCAAAGAGCGGCCAGGAAACGUCAGCAGUAUUAGAAAGAAAAUGUAUUCUUUUAUCAUCCCCAUCAAUAUUUAUUCUCACUUGC